AUGGCUGGCAUGAGGUAGGUCAUGACCUGACUGGCAACCAUGGUCCGUGCUGCUCACCCUGCACUGUGCCCCAGGGAGGGUCCCCAGCUACCCCAUGGCUCAUAUCAUCCUGGGGGAACAAAGUGCUGCCCAGCCUGCACUGUGCCCCAGGGAGGGUCCCCAGCUACCCCCAUGGCUCACUGAGGGCACAUUCAUAUCAUCCUGGGGGGAACAAAGUGCUGCCCAGCCUGCACUGUGCCCCAGGGAGGGUCCCCAGCUACCCCCAUGGCUCACUGAGGGCACAUUCAUAUCAUCCUGGGGGAACAAAGUGCUGCCCAGCCUGCACUGUGCCCCAGGGAGGGUCCCCAGCUACACCAUGGCUCACUGAGGGCACAUUCAUAUCAUGCUGGGGGAACAAAGUGCUGCCCAGUGCCCAGCUGGGGGUCUGCUCUCCUGCAUGAAACAUUAUUUAUUAUUAUCGUUAGUCUUUAUUAUUAUUACUAUUUUAUUUAUUUUCAUUAUUGUUACUAUUUAUUAUUAUUAUUUUUUAUUAUUAUUAGUAUUAUUAUUAUUUAUUUCUGCAUACUCCAGCACUUUGGAAAUGUGUGAUGAAGUGAUCUAUGCUGAAAAUGUGGUGGAGGUUGUAGCAAAAUUGUGUCGUAUGUGAAGCUGCAUUGUGCUCUCAACGUGCCAGGUGUCUUAUUUGUGUUUAUGAAUAAUAAAAGGAGCCAAGAUAUUUUUUUGCAUUAUUUGCAAUGGGUAUCAUAGCACUACCUUCACCACAAUUAAAAAAAAAAAAAACUCUGAACGCAUAAGUACCUUGCGAUCUAGGUAAAUUCACUAAAAAAUAAACACCACAAAAAAAAAAAAAAUCAAGUCCAAGAUCCAAUCUGUAUCUGUAAAGGGGGGGGAUGCAAUGGAGUCUAGGAAUACCCUAAGCGAGUUCAUAUUUACCCCAACGCUUUACCAUAGUAUCUUCCACUACAGUAUAUCAAUUAAACAAAAUCACAAUUAACAUAAAUGUCCACCUUCCACAAGCAUUUAAAUAAAAAUUUAGAACACUUUUGGAAUUAUUGAACAUUCUUAUAGUUAAUACUUAUCAGAUUCAAAACACAAGUUAAUGUUUACGAAGUUCCAUUUGUUUUAACUUUUAUGUGCCCUAGAUAACAAAAGGUGUCUUAUGUCAAGUCUGCUAAUACAGUAUUGCUUGAUACAAAUCGAUUUCUUCUAUUUUUAUAUAGGUGGCUUAUAAAAGUGUUCUGAACAAUUCUAAUGAAUGUUUCAGUAAUAUUGUAAGAUAUGCAUGGGUGGGAUAGGCAUAAGGCUAUCCUAACCAUAAGAUAAGGCUAGGGACUAAUGAAAGUAUUUAGAAAAUUGGGCAGACAAGAUGGGCCGAAUGGUUCUUAUCUGCCGUCACAUUCUAUGUUUCUAUUUUUCGUUUCUUGCGAACUGUGGUUUGGCUUAUUCUCAUGCAAUGAGCAAUUGUGUCAAUACAUUUAAAGCCUGUUUGUGGUAGGCCACAACCCAUAUAGAGUUUUAGUGAUGCUCUAAUUCUACAUGGUUUAAAAAAAUAACCAUGUACAUUACUAACAGGGUUAUUUACAAAGGUGUGAAUUUCAAAUUUAUGGGCAAAAUACUUGAGUUGGAAAAAUUCUCACAAGUCCGCUAUGCUUCCAAUUUGGCUCUUAAACAAAGUGAUUUAAAGGAAAACUAUAGUGCCAGGAAAACAAACUCGUCUUCCGGGCACUAUAGCUUCCCCCUAUGUCAAGCCUAACCCAUGGUGCAGAAGGUGUUAGUAACCCAUUCUGUCGCUUACCUGCGUCCAGCGCCGAUGUCCCUCAGUGCUGACUGUGCUCCACCCACACUUUUCCCCUGCCGACUAGGGAGACCUAAUGAGCCUGCGCGGCAAUGCUGAAGUGGUCUGGGUGCCUACAGUGUCCCUUUUAACUCCUAAAUGGCAGAGAAUUGAGCAGUUGAACUGCAGGGGCAUGAUCUAUACUCCAAAAUCAAUCAAUUAAGUUAACGUCUCUUUAAUCUAAAGUUUGUAAUUCACCUUUAAUUCCUGACAAUUUUCACUUUAGUGAAUGCAGUCAUUAAAUGAUGGAUAUGAUUGCCUAUUAACCUAUACAACAUUGCAGGGGGGUGCGUAUGGAUUUUUGGUACUUCUAUUUAAAAUAAAUAAUAUUUUUUUUAAAAGCUUCAUGUCCUCCCAAGAGGGUCCUAAGCAAGUAAGCAGGGCCGGCUCUCAGUGGGCCGGCAGGGGAGAGCAAAAGAUCUCCCCUGUCGGCCAGGGCACAUGGGCAUCACACUGGGGCCCCCGGGCAAGUACUCAGCAUACCCAUGCAGAAAGACGUCCCUGGUGUUAUGUGAUUGUGGUGAUCGCCUGUCAGCACAAUCACUGAUACAAUAUUAAAGGACCACUAUAGUGCCAGGAAAACAUACUCGUUUUCCUGGCACUAUAGUGCCCUGAGGGUGCCCCCACCCUCAGGGACCCCCUCCCGCCCGGCUCUGGAAGGGGGAAAGGGGUUUAAACUUACCUUUUUCCAGCUGGUGAGAGCUCUCCUCCUCCUCUCCGCCUCCGUCAAGCCGCCCGUUGAAUCGCGCCAGCGGCAAGAGCUUCUUGGCGCUUUCAUCUCAGAAAGCAUUUACAAUGCUUUCCUAUGGACGCUAGCGUGCUCUCACUGUGAUUUUCACAGUGAGAAGCACGCAAGCGCCUCUAGUGGCUGUCAAUGAGACAGCCACUAGAGGAUUAGGGGGAAGGCUUAACCCAUUCAUAAUUAUAGCGGUUUCUCUGAAACUGCUAUAAUUAUGAAAAAAUGGGUUAACCCUAGAAGGACCUGGCACCCAGACCACUUCAUUAAGCUGAAGUGGUCUGGGUGCCUAGAGUGGUCCUUUAAUUCAAACACCACUGUGGCUUUGCUCCCAUCAUCUACACAGGGUCGUUUAGAAUGUCCCACGGUGUCUGAGGUACCCCCAAACUUCACCUCCUAUUAAAUAACCCCAUUUGUUUUCAAUUGCUUGCGUCAUAACCAGCAUUGAUGUUUGCAAGCCAUUCAAUUAUUUUAAACUUUUUAUGAUGGAUGGCAUCUUUGAACAUAUGGUUGAACAAACUAAUUUGUAUUUCAGCCAAUAUCUCGCUGCCAAUCCUGAAUUUCACUAUAGCAGGAAGAACACAUGGUACCUCACUGAAAUAAGGAGGCUUUUGCUUUGAUGAUGGCUAUAGGGAUUGUAAAAAUACCCAGCCUUGUAAGUCAGGGCUUGAAAAAUUUGCUUUGAAUCUAGGAGCCAGCUAAAAAAGUUAGGAGACAGAUUUUUAAAAUACAAUUCUUAAAGGGACACUAUAGUCACCGGGACCACUCCAGCUUAAUGUAGUGGUUCUGGUGUCUAUAGCCUGUCUUUGCAGACUUUUCCGAGAAAAGGCAGUGUUUGCGUUGCUUCUUAGUGACACCUCUUGUGACCAUCACUCAGACGGUCACUAGAGGUGCUUCUUGUGUCAGUGUUGCACAGUGUGCAGCACCUACAUUCAGCGUCUCCACGCUCUGCAUGGAGGCGCUGAACGUUCCCCAUAGAGAUGCAUUGAUUCAAUGCCUCUCUAUGAGGAGAUGCUGAUUGGUGCAGCGUUUGACCGGCACACGCAGCAUCCCAUCACACGCUCGCAUCCCGUGACACAGACCCACACACACACCAAGACAGAGAGACCCACACAUAAUUGCUUGAUGUAAUGCCUUUGAAGGGUGCAGUGUGCAACCGGCUGGGGCACUAUAGAGGCAGGCGGCAUGCUUGCUACACGAAUAGAAGGUGGGCAGCGAAGGAGCUGUGAUGGCUCUGCUCCAUCAAGCACCGCUUAUUGAGACCGGGGCCGGAAUAUGAUGUCAAAUCUCUGCACUGGUCUCAUUAAGCGACGCAAAGGGGAGCAGAGACAUCACAGCUCCUUCGUUGCCCACCUUCUAUUCGCGCAGUCAGCAUGCCGCCUCCAUAAUCCUCCAGCUUGCCGCCAGCCGCCCACUCUGGAGGUAAGGGGCUCGCAUAUCCCAGGCACCAAGGCAUAAUUCCUAGGUGCCAUGACAACCUGGCGCCGGGGAUUUGUCGAGCCCUGUUGUACGUUAUUGGUACAAGAGCUCCAUCCUAUCCAAGGGAAAGGAAUGCCCUGUGUUGUCUACUUUUGAAAAUAACGUGCCAUCAUCGGGUAAUUUUUCUUUCCUUGAAUGCCAUAUUGUCUCAAAUGCAACAUAUAAUGCAUAUCAGGAUUAUGAAAUUUCAUGUGAAAAUGGAAUUCAUUUAUAUGAAAAAACACUAAUGAAAGUAUUACCAUUAUAUGUGACUAGACCAAAUAUCCCAAAAUGUGCAUUUGAAAUAUCCUGGGUUACCUACUUUUGAAAAUGUUAUGCCAUAAUGGUGAAAAUUUUAUUCCCUUGGCUUCCAUACUAUCUCAGAGGUGACAUAUGCCCAGAAAAUCACUUUGUCAGAUUUUUAAGUUUGAAAUGAGCAUGUAAUAUAUUUCACCUGUGACCUGUUCAGCCUAAAAACUGGAAAUCUGCACUUGGGGCAGCAUUAUUUUCUUGAGACGGUGUUACAUAAAAUUAUUGGGGGUUUAUUGCACAUCAGUGCAGAAAAUUACUUUGUAAAAUUUUCAUGUAUGAAGACUGGGGAGGGACUACUGUUGUACUCGUGAGACAUAGCUGAACACAAGUAUGAGUGUUUCCUCCGAGUAAAACUGAUCAGCCACAACCUUAAAGGGAUCCUAUAGUGCCAGAAAAACAAACCCGUUUCCCUGGCACUAUAGGCUCUUGGAGGGCCCCGUUCCCUCUGCGCUACUUACCUUAAUCCAGCGCCGGGCUCCCUCAGCGCUGGUGACCUCUCCUCCCCCGGCGAUGUCCGCUCCAAAGUGGAGCCGAAUGCAUGGCCAGAGGCGCGCACAUUCAAACCCACCCGUAUAAAAGCAUCACUCAAUGCUUUCCUACGGGGAUCUGAUGCUGAAAUCCGUGUAAAUCGCAAAAACAGCCUCUAUUGGCUGUCAGGGAGACAGCCACUAGAGGCUAGAUUAACCCUCAAUGUCAACAUCGCAGUGUCUCUGAAACUAUGUAUUCAGCUGCCGGGUUAAAACUAGGGGGACCUGGCACCCAGAUAACUUCAUUGAGCUGAAGUGGUCUGGGUGCCUAUAGUGGUCCUUUAAGUCCACCAACAGGUGAAGGGAAUGGGUGCCUAUAGUGGUCAUUUAAGUCCACCAACAGGUGAAGGGAAUAAUGUUGAUUGUAUCAAUACAGUGGGAUAUAUUAGGCAGCAAGUGAACAAACCGUUUUUGAAUUUCAUGUGUUAGAAGCAGGAAAAAGUUGGCAAGCAAAAAGAUCUACGUGACUUUGACAAGGGAAAAAUAGUGAUGGCUAGAUGACUGGAUCAGGGUAACUUCAAAACGGCACGUUUUGUGGGGUGUUUCCGGUAUGCAGUGGUUAGUACCUACCAAAAGUGAUGCAAGUAAGGACAACCGGUGAACUGGUAUAAGGGUCAUGGGUGCCAAAGGCUCAUUGAUGCACGUGGAGAGCGAAGGCUUAUCCAUCUGAUGCGAUCACACAGAAGAACUGCUGUAGCUCAAAUUGCUAAAAAAAAACAAAAAAAAACACAAAUAAGUCCCUAAUGCUGGCCAUGAUAGCUCUCCGAACACACAGUGAUUCGCAGUUUAAUGAGAAAUCUUUGCAAGGCAGGCAUUACCAGGAAAUAGCAGGAAAGGCUAUCUAAUAGUCAGGGUGGUGUAACAAGGUAAUUUUAUAAAUGUAAUAAUUUCUGUUGAAUUCAGCACUUUUUGUAAAAUUGGCUGGGUGGAGGGUGAAGCAGUCUUUUCACACAUAGAAGUACUUUUGUCGAAGUGCUUUAGGGGUCUGGAUAGUUUAAGGUUUCUCAUGAUACUCCUUAGUGGGGAGAGGGGGAGGAGGGGGGGGGGGAAUACCUUUUUAAUUUAAGACAAAGCUUCAAGGCACAGAAAUGCAUGUUAUGUAAAUCUAUGCCAAUGCCCUAAUAUCACAUCACAACAUAUUGUUGCAAGUAUAUUGUUGCAACAUAUUGUUGCAAGUUGCACUUUUGAUACUGACGUUCAGUCUCACACUCUGCAUGGAGACACUCAACUUUCCUCAUAGAGAUGCAUUGAUUCAAGACAUCUCUAUGUGGAGAUGCUGAUUGGCCAGGGCUGUGUUUGGACACUGCUGGCUCAGCCCCUGGCCUGCCUCCUUGAAUGUCUUGACCAAUCCAAUGCUUUCCUAUGGAAAAGCAUUGUGAUUGGCGUUGAUAAACAUUUCUGAUGAUGUCAGGCAAGUAGACAGAUCAAGGACAAAGCCAGCAGCAGCAGACUGAAAUAAAGGUUAGAUUUUGCUUUAUUUAUGGGGAGGGAAAGUGCUAGAUGGUGGUUUUAACACUAUAGGGUUAAGAAUACAUGUUUGUGUUACUUUUAAACAAAUCUGAAGUUAUUUUAAAUAUGAAUUAUUCAUCUGAUUGCAAAUAUCAAAGAUUCAAACAACCAGCAGGAAUCAGUCUUUUACAUAUGAAAAUUAUGAUAUAAAUCGAAUCUUACGGACUAGUGAUUUAAAGCGAAAAUUCAAAUCAAGUCCAGGCUUGUAUAGACCCUUGUGUAUCUGACGCUAAUGUUUAGUGAGCCAGUAGCCAUAUUCUACAUACUACAAUUUUCUAUCUGAUUCUUCUACAGUGUCUGUAUUGGAUACACAGGAAGAAGACAAAUAGGACAGAAUGAAGGGGUCAUAAUUUAAAGGAACAAACCCGUAUUCCUAAUACUAUAGGACGCCUGAUAUAUUGUCGGGCUUAAAAACCAUUAAAAUGUUUUUCCAGCACAAAGUGAGUCUCAGCUCCCCUCUCCGCCUCCCACAUUGUUAUCAAGGUCCAAGCCAAUGUUCCUCGUAGAGAAGCUUGAGGAACCUGAUGUUGUGCGCACAUUCAGUGCUUCUCAUAGGAAAGCAUUGAAUUCAAUGCUUUCCUAUAGGCUGCAAUGUCACGUGAGUGGGUUUUACUUAAUCAGUGCAGCGAAAGCACCUCUAGUGGCAGUAAACAUUGCAGUUUCUAUAAAAAUGCAAUGUUUUGCAUUGUAGGGUUGAAAUGACCGGACUCUUGCACCCAGGCCACUUCAUUGAGAUGACGUGUUCUUGGUGACUAAAGUGGUCCUAUAAGCUGGCACUGUAUACAUUGAUGUUAGCCUAUCCCGCAGUGUUCCUCCCAAUCUCCGAGGCUAAUAUGCAGCUAGGUCUUUACUGUAGUAAUCAAUAAUAAAAAAGAUCUCAGUGAUGUUGUUUAAAGGGACACCCCACACGCCUUAGCAACUUUAUUGUAAUUUAUGUUCGUAUGAUGCAAGGACUUGCCUCAAGGUUUUAAACUGUAAAUUACUUAAUUUCGAUAAAAUUGUUAUGGUGUCUAGAGUGUUCCUUUUAAAUGUGAGGUGUGCAUUUAAAUUUUUUUGUAUUUUUAUUUUUUGUGGUAGGAAAAACUCAACUACGCAUCUGGGCAGGUCAAGUAGUUACAAAGUAGUACUUUUAUCAGACGUUUGAAAAGUACACACUGCCUAUGGGAGAGAAUAAAAUUUUGAAUGUUUCAUUUGUGCCUUUCCUAUCUGAAGUGGCUUUAUUUUUAUCUUUCUAGAUUUCUACAUUUAAGAAAUGAAGACAUUCAUUUGACAUUUCUUUUGAGCACUGAGGUGGCCUUUUUUUAACUUUUGUACAAAUUUUUUUUUUUUCUUCCCUCUAACUUUUUUAUUUUGGCUAUGGCAAACAAAAAGGAGCCACCUUUUUUUAACGGGGAUAACAUUGGAUCAUUCCUCAACAGCCUCACCUUUUACAGUACAAUGGAACUCUUUAUUGAAACACUCACAGGAACUUGCUUUGAGUUACGGGUGUCACCCUUUGAAAAAGUGGUAUGUGUGAAGGCCAAGAUUCAGCGGUUGGAAGGUAGGAACAUUUAUUUCUUGAUCUUGUGUGUUUCACUAAUUGUAUUCUGGUGCUUGAACUGUCAUGUUUAGUUCUAUAUUAUGCUAUAUAAUAUUUUAGUUGUUUUGGGGGCAGGGGGUAUUUUUUCUUGCGAUGAUGUGUUGGCAUUGAUAGUCCCUCUGACAAAAAUCACUAGAGAUUUACACUUAUAAGUUUUUUGUUUGUUUGUUUAUUUUUUUAUGGUAAAACUCUCUCUUCAAAUAAUCAACAGUGAGCUGUUCGUUUUGUUAAAGUCACAUUUCUAAAUGGUUGUACUGUCCUAAGCAGUCACCUUUUUAAAAAAAAAAAAAAAAACUUUAUUGCCUACACCAAGGGUAGGCAACCUAUGGCACGUGUGUCAUUCACAGCACUCAAGGUGUCUUUGCACAGCACUCAAGGCUGCUAGAGCCAAACAGGCUCAGGCCUAUCAGGAUUCCCAGUGAAACUUCAGAUAUCUGCUAAUACGAAAAGGUGGUGAAGGACAAUCCUCAAUUUAUGCAUUGCAGCAUGUAAAGGAAGUAAUCUCAGAUCAGUUCCUCCCAGCACUUGUGAAUGGAAAUCUGCUGCUGUUUCCUCCCUGUUGACCUGUACCUGGCCAGCCUGGAAUCCAUGGAAGCUACCCACACUGAUAGAUAUUCACGGAAAUGCAGAAUAACCCGCCCCUCAUACAAAUAAUACUCAAGCUCAACACCACUAACAAUCCACAUACAUGCAGCAUCUCACAUGCAAUACCCCAAACAGCCCCUCACAUACACACGUUAACAAACACACAAUGUGGCCUAUCCUGGAUCCAACCACACACUCCACAAGCAGCCCCCAUACACCGUCCAUAUUCAUAGGUAUCAUACACGAUACCACAAACUACUUGUGAAAAUAUUCAAUAUAAUGACUCUUAUACGCCCAAAUACAAUGAUACAAAGCAACUGCAGUAUAAAUAACACAAGCCGAAUACGGCAGCAUACACACCUUUAACUUAAAAAAAAAAAAAUAAGUCCAGCACACUAGGGGACAUCACAAUCUUAUUUUGGCACAGUGCUGCUAAAAGAUUGACCACCCAUGGCCUACACACUGAGGUACUGUGAUCUGUGCGGGAGUUCAGGGAUCCAUGGCUGUGAUGAGAUUCUUAAGCAGGAUUUAACCACAUUUCUAUCUAUUUGGCAGGGGGGGGUGUCAUUUAACCGCACUGCAUGCUUUACAGUUUUGGAUUUCAAGCUGAUGGCUCAGUGUUGUGAUCUUGACUCUAAACACCAUGAACACUGCAUAUUGGUUAUGCUGCAAUGAUUGUUUGGUUGCUUUCCAUCCCAUGCGUGUCAAACUGUGUUUUUUUUUUUGUGUGUGUUUUUUUUUUUUUAGCAGUAUGACAAAUUUAACGAGUCUCCCGGCACUUUACCUUUCACAUACCUAUUCCAACUUUGAGCAAAAUAGAGUGUUGGUGGUAGGUUUGCCCUACACUGUCAACAUAUCAUUGCCAAAUUCAUAACUCCCAACAUUCCGCUUUCCAGCCUUGUGAAUAAGUGCAUUUCUGGAAAAGUUCCCACCCUACCUGAGUAGAAUGCUGUUCCCACCUCCGAUCCAGUACUAGCAUGAUAUUUUGCAUACCACAGUACAAAAAUAAAGUGGCUUGAUCCUCAUUUUCCUAUAGAGCACCGCAAUUAUGGAAUAACCUCAGGGACACAUUCAAUCUAAAAUCUUUUAAGAGAUCUAUGGCAGCACAGAAUGCACCUGUCAUGGUUGAAUAUAUUUAUCAUUUGUUAUGCAUUAAAUAUAUGUGUGUGUGUGUUUAUUGUAUCCUAUUAUAACAAUACAAUGUUUUGUGGACCCAGGACAUGCUUGAAAACAAGAGAAAUUUCAAUGUAUCCAUCCUGGUUAAAUAUUUUUAUAAACAAACUUUGGAAGAUGUGAGAUUGAGCUAUAAAGCCAUUUUUAUCCAGAUGUAUUUUGGUACACCGAUAUCAGAAUGUAAUUAAUAAUCCUCCCAAGUAGGUUGAAAAUAAAAUAUAUUAAAUCCAUAUCCAAACUUCACCUCCACUUAUUUAUGUAUUUGCCUCUUUAAAAAAAAAAUACUGUAAAGCAUCAUCCAAAUAUGAUAUAAAUCACCUUAACCCCUUAAGGACUGGACUGUUUUUGCGAUGUUGUACAUUUGCGACCAGGCAUAUUUUUAUACUUUUGUGGUGUUUGUGUUUGGCUGUAAUUUUCCGCUCUCUCAUUUACUGUUCCCAUACAAAUUAUACAUUUGUUUUUUUCAGGACAAAAGGGCUUUCUUUACAUACCAUUAUUUAUAUAAUCUCUUUUAUUUAAAUUUUUUUUUAAAUAUGAUGAAAAAUUGAAAAAAAUACAUGUUUUUUUACUUUUACUUGAAAAAUCUUUUACUCGUCUACAAAAGCGAAUUAAAAAAACAGCUAAAUAGAUUCAAAAUUUUGUCCUGAGUUUAAAAAUACCCAGUGUUUACGUGCUCUUUUGCUUUUUUUUGUGCAUGUUAUAGGGCUAUAGGUACAAGUAGGAUAUUGCGGUUUCAAAACAUACAUUUUUUAAAUUUAUCAAUAGUGACAUUGUAACACUAUUAUCUGUCAUAAAUCUCUGAAUAACACCCCACAUGUACAUAUUUUUUUUUUAAAGUAGACAACCCAGGGUAUUCAAUAUGGGGUAUGUCCAGACUUUUUUAGUAGCCACUUAGUCGAAAACACUGGCCUAAGUAAGCAUUCAUAUUUGUUUGUGUGGUUACUAGAAAAGACUGGACAUAACCCAUUUGCAAUACCUUGGGUUGUCUUCUUUUGCAAAUGGUAUGCCAUCAUGGGGGUAAUUCUCAUUCCUGGGCUACCAUACGCUCUCAAAGGCAACGUAACCAACCUGGCCAUUUUCAAUGUAAAAAUAUUUGACCCAUAUAUUUGACCUUGUAACUUUCAAAAAUGCUAUAAAACCUGUACAUGGGGGUACUGUUUUACUCUGGAGACUUUGCUGAACACAAAUAUUAGGGUUUAAAAACUGGAAAACGUAUCACAACAAUUAUAUCAGUAAAAGUGCUGUUUGCGUGUGAAAAAUGCAAAAAAAGUCACUUUCACUGACUAUCAUCGCUGAUAUAUGUUUUACUGUCAAAUUAAAUUCUCUGGACUUUCGGCCUGGGUUGGCAGGCAGGUCCCUCAAAUUGCAAUCAAUAAAAUUACUUAAUUAUGUAAAAAUAUUACAUAACUACGCACGUAGAAUUUAAAUAUAUAUGCAUAUUUAUAUAUUUGAAGUCUACGUGUAUAUUUAUAUAAUUAUGUAAUUUUGUAUAUGAAUAUAUGUAUAUUUUGUAUUUUUUUUUAUAUAUAUAAUAUAUAAAUUCAUUCUAAGUGUAUUUUGAUAUAAAUAUAUAUUAAUUUUAAAAUACAGUUAGAAUAAAAUUUCAUUUAGAUAUAUAUUUUUUUCAAUUUUUAUUUAAAUUUUUUUUAAUUUAAAUUACUUAUUUAUAUUUUAUUAUAUAUAUUUAUAUUUUAAUAUAUAUGUGUGUGAAAUUUAAUUGUAAGUGUAUUUUUAUAUUAAUAUAUGUACAUAUUAAUAUAAAAAUACACUUGGUAUGAAUAUAUAUAUAUAUAUAUAUAUAUAUAUAUAUAUUUAUAAUAAUAAUAAUCUCAUUACAAAAAUUAAAAAUAAUAUAUAUAUCAUUAUUUUUAUUUUUUUAUUUUACACUAGCGGGGAGACUGGCUGUCAGCACAGACAGUCCCCCUGCAGGCAGACACUAGGACACCUAUUGUGACCAUGUGAUCGCUAUGUUAAGCGAUCACAUGGCUACAGGGGUCCUAAUUCAGUGUGGGGAGACUGUCUGGGCUGCAGGCAGUCUCCCCACAACGGGAGCAACGCUGAUCGCCGCCGGGGGAACGACGGCGAUCAGGUAAGUAACUAGGACGGUUCAGGACCGUCAUUGGUCGGCAAUGGGAAAAUGCUGAUGACUGUCCUGAACCGUCCUCGGUCCUUAAGGGGUUAAUAUUUGCUUUCAUCCAUAUAAUUGAAAUAUCUCCAAAAAAGUAACAUAACCGUGCAACCUAAAUAAAAUAUUUUAAAAGACUACAUGGUUCUUCAUUUCACUCACUCUUGAGAGCCUAAAUCGGAAUAGUCCACGUACAUUAACUGAUGCUAACACCAAUUGUGCUUUUAUUUUUAGUUUUCUAGUGCCCAUUAAAGUCACCCAUAUCAUUUCAGCUUAAUGAUGUGAUCUGGAUGCAGUAGUCCUGUCAAUUUUAGAAACAUUAGAGAAACUGCAUUGUUUACGUUGCAGGGUUAAAUGCACCUCUUGUGUUUGUCUCCUCCAAAACUAAUUGAAUCUGAGUCCUAGAAUCAAAUGUUGCUGACGGCAGCAUUUGAUUUGGAGGAGUGUAUCUGACUGCGCAUGCAUGUAUAUACAAUCCAUUGCUUCUCCAUGAGGAGGAAUUGAGAAGACUGAAGAAGUCAACAUGCUUCCGGACGUCUUCUGCAAAGACAGAGCGGGUGGCUGCAGCAGAGGAGUCCCGGCACCUGAAAAUUGGUAAGUAAUCAUUCAAAAGGGUUUUAUUUUUCUCUUCACAUUAGAAGUUGGCAUUCCAUGUAAGAAUGCCUAUCCAUUUGAGAAUAUUAUCGGACACCAAAAAUCAUAAUUUGUUACACAUUUUGAUGCUUGUGAUAAUCUGCUACACUAUCUGGCUAUUACUAUAAUUCCAAUAGCCGUUCAUAUACGAAUAGGAAGCAUCUGGAAAGGUUUAUUGGGUGUGGGGAGGCCCAAAUGGAAGAAAGAACUCUGCGGAGUCAUAUCGUAAUGAGAACCCAACAAUUUCCCAAUUACAGUUUCUAAUUUAGGGGGUUAAUUUAACACCAUCCCACCAUAUGUGUAUAAACGAGCAAAUAUCUUAAUUACAUCUCCAACAGGUAUCUGGCGUGUUAUUUUGACAUUUAGCUACCAUCUGAUUUAAUAUUUAUAGUUCUCAUAAAUAUUUGUUGUGCAUUGUACAUUUUGUAAGUCCUUGCCCAUUCUACCUCUGGGAACUCUACCCCUAUUUUCUGUUCCCAUUAAAUAAUGCUACUUAAUUUCUCUUUUAGGUUUAUAGUCCUAUAGAAUCUUUUUAAUUUUUGUAAUGAGAUUAUUAUUAUUUUAUUAAAAGAUGUUAAAAGGAUACAUUAAAAACAGGAUUUUAAGAAGAGAUAUAACAAAAGAGAGAAUUGGCAAAAAUCUAUAUAUAAACAUGCCAACAAUUUUUUUUUUCAACAAUUCCAGAAUAGAAUAUAUUACAUUUUAAAUUUAAAAAAAAAUAAAAAAAAAUCUGACCACUUGGGAGCUGGGGUGCUUGAUGGUCAGGGUGAUUUAACAGCUACUGCGGGGUCUCUUCUGAUUUAAAGGCAUUUUGUUUUGGGGGUGACCAGCCACCUAUUGAUGGUCAUUUACUACUUUUGAAUACAUAUGUUGCUGAAUCAACUGGCCUUUUUUGGCCCGAUGGUAUCUCGUCCUUCACAUUCGUCGUCUGGUGGAACUGACUUCACUGCGCUGUGUAAAUGAACAAUAGUUUUUACACUGUAAUCAAUACACUUUAUAUAAUGUACCUGUCUGACAAGUGUCAAAUAUCUAUAUAGCAGUAAUGACGCACUCGUCCCAAAUACACUUACCUUGCAUAACUGCAUGAGAAGCACACCUGGGAGCCCCAGAGGAGUCCAGUGAUUGGUCAAAUAUCAGACACCACAUCAUCCUAUACUAUAUGUGUUGCAUAUAAAAUGCUAUUCUAAUUGUAUAUGACUCCCCAAAGACUGUUUAAAAUGCAAAACUUCUUCCUACAAACACAUGCUGGAAUAACUGGUGGACAUGCCCCAAAAUUAAAUCAUUAUAGCAGGAGAUUGUAGCUAUACUGUUCCAUAUCUUGCAUAAGUCAUAUCACUUGGGCCCUUUUGCUGUCCUUUUCAAUACAUUCACAAGAUCAGAAAAUAAACUAGCAGCUAAAUGUUUAUUUUUUUGUUUUCAGCUGCAGGGUCUGGGUGCCAUUAGAGGCCCUUUAAAUUAUAUAUUAUUGUAUUUGUUUGUUUUUUAAAAUCUUCUUUCGAGACGAUACCGAUAAUCUGAACUUUCAGGCCGAUAAUUUACAGAUAUUCUGUACAUUUACCGUUUUGAAAAAAAUAAACGAUUUCUCCACAAAUCUACUGUUAACUGAACAUAUUUAUUUAUUUUGCAAAUCUUUUUAUUUGUAUUUUUUAUUAAGUUAAAUGCACAAAAUAUACAUGCCAGUCAGAACUUUUUAAGUUUUUAAGAAUGUGUGUAGUGGAUCAGACUUAUUCUCCCUCUUUAAUACAAGCUGCACAGAGGGGAUGGUCUGUUGAGGGCUACUUACUGUAGUGGUUAUAAUGUUAGGAGUACCCUAGCUCUUUUGUCCUGUAACGGUGUGACCUGCUACCUGAUUUCUACCAGAUGACGUUUCCCACAAUGGUGGUUUAACCUUAUCGAUGCUAAUCCUGCUGCUCACUUAUUGACUGUGAGAAUCCAUUAAGUGCUCUCAGCCAGUGAAUGAGUGUCUGUGGAAAGAAAUAUGCACAGAAUGUACAGGUAAUGACACCCUAACAAUGUUGUUGGAGGUGAAGUUGCACCUCUUUCAGCAAUAGAAGAUAUCUAUUUAUGUACAGAGUUUCAAACCUUGAACACAUCAAAAAUAAAAAAGCCCGAAGUGCUAUGAUUAUCCCUUUAAGUGCUAGUAAGUAACUAUAUAAAAGUAGAUCUAGUCCUCUUUAUGUCCUAUUUACACCAGUGGACGGUGAUGAUCUUCACUGACCUAGUACAUUCAGUUAUGGUUUGGCAGUCUGCAGUGAGGCUUUCUGUUUCUACUAACGUGACCUAUACACCCAUGUCUUAUGGUUGUGUUUUCUCCAUUGUUUCACAAGGGCUUUAAUUAUUGUCUGGUCACUAUGGAACAUGCUGUAAACAUGUAAUUCUCCCAGUAAAGUGUGCCAUAGUUACCAUCUAGAUUUCAAACUCUAAAGGUACUAACUUCAGAAAUGCACUAAAUGACCUUUCGGAAACAAGUACCAAGUUUGAUAGGAACAACCCAGGUUGUACUAAAAACAAACAUAAGCUUAUCUACAUAAUACUAUUAUACUGCAAUUUUUCUUGGUAAGAAUGGUUUGUGUUGAGCCACUUUUCUCCUCCUCCAAGAAGGAUACCUACAGUACUCGUAUAGUUGCUAUGGUGCCAGAUCUAGACAGAUCUGUGUGUGUGUAUGUCAAGUAAUUUAAUACUGAUAUUGCAUUUUGUAGAAAAUUUUAGUAGAUGGUUUGUUGUAAAAGGUGACUUUGUUUAGUACUUUGCACAUUAUUGAUUAUUCAGAUGUGGCACAGCAAUUUAAAGUAUAAUGAAACCUUUCAUAAUCUAUAAAUGUUUCAUUCAUUUAUUUUUUUCAUUUUAUUUAUUAUAUUAUGAUUAUUGCAGGUAUUCCGGUUUCCCAGCAGCACUUAAUUUGGAACAAUGUAGAACUUGAGGAUGAGCGCACUCUAAAAGAUUACAAGUCAGUAAAAAGCACCAGCUUCAUGAAGACCACUUGUAUAAGUUAUAUAUUUAUGUAUUUUAUUUUUAAUACUUUAAUUCUUCUUCUCCUUCUUUCAAGCAUUUCUAAAGGCUGCACUUUAAAACUGGUGUUGGCUAUGAGAGGUGGUCCCAUUAAUACACGGCGGGGUGAGUACAAUUAAAAAAUAUCACGUGCGCUAUAUGACUUAAUGCAUUGAAUCUAGGUAAGAAACCCCAUUCGUUUACGCCUCUGCUUUCAAAGGAAAAAACAAAACAUUUUAUUUUCUGCGCUUGUAUAUAAAAAACGUUAUUGCAAACUAUUGUAUUAAUGAUUUUACAUGGGACCUGUUGAAAAGUUCAAUCAACUUAUCCUGCUCCUCACUUUUUUGUUGGAGGUGCCAGGGGGCUGUCAGAUCAGUGCUUCAUAUUUUCUGGGACUGUCCUUUUGUCUGCCGUUUUUUAAACCGAAGUUACGAGGUUAUGACCUCAGUUGCUGAUAAAGGGGUGAUGUUUCACCCAGCUGACACGUUACUAAAUCACACCAAGGGGGGGAGGGGGCGCACGCACGCGCACACACUUACUCCCCUAUGUUUGUUUUGCUGGUGUUUGACUGCUUGGAUGUAUGCACAUACAUACAUAGAUACUUACAGAUAUUCAUGCACAUUAGUACACAGAUACAUAUAAAUACAUCGACACAUACACACUAAUUCAUAUAGACACCAACAUACACACAUGCACCAUGACACAUACACCAUAACAUAGAUACACACACUGACAUAAAAACACACACCCUGACACAUAGAUGCACAUACACAGAUACGCAGUACCCCUAUGUACACGGGCAUACACUUAAAAAUAAAUAUAUAUAUAUAUGUGUAUGUAUAUAUGUAUGUAUAUGUAAAAAACAGAUAAAAUUCUUAUCUUGUAAUACCUUUUUUAUUGGACUAACAGAAUUUUUUAAUGACAAGCUUUCGGGAGAACCUCCCUUUCUCAAGUCUGAAGCAUUUCUGAGCAAAACGACACAUAGAAUUCAAAGUUGAGUUGUGAUACAGGGGAUAAAGCGACAUGAGUGUAGAUAAGACACAGGUUUGUUAGAAAAUACAGGGAGUGCAGAAUUAUUAGGCAAGUUGUAUUUUUGAGGAUUAAUUUUAUUAUUGAACAACAACCAUGUUCUCAAUGAACCCAAAAAACUCAUUAAUAUCGAAGCUGAAUAUUUUUGGAAGUAGUUUUUAGUUUGUUUUUAGUUUUAGCUAUGUUAGGGGGAUAUCUGUGUGUGCAGGUGACUAUUACUGUGCAUAAUUAUUAGGCAACUUAGCAAAAAACAAAUAUAUACCCAUUUCAAUUAUUUAUUAUUACCAGUGAAACCACUAUAACAUCUCAACAUUCACAAAUAUACAUUUCUGACAUUCAAAAACAAAACAAAAACAAAUCAGUGACCAAUAUAGCCACCUUUCUUUGCAAGGACACUCAAAAGCCUGCCAUCCAUGGAUUCUGUCAGUGUUUUGAUCUGUUCACCAUCAACAUUGCGUGCAGCAGCAACCACAGCCUCCCAGACACUGUUCAGAGAGGUGUACUGUUUUCCCUCCUUGUAAAUCUCACAUUUGAUGAUGGACCACAGGUUCUCAAUGGGGUUCAGAUCAGGUGAACAAGGAGGCCAUGUCAUUAGAUUUCCUUCUUUUAUACCCUUUCUUGCCAGCCACGCUGUGGAGUACUUGGACGCGUGUGAUGGAGCAUUGUCCUGCAUGAAAAUCAUGUUUUUCUUGAAGGAUGCAGACUUCUUCCUGUACCACUGCUUGAAGAAGGUGUCUUCCAGGAACUGGCAGUAGGACUGGGAGUUGAGCUUGACUCCAUCCUCAACCCGAAAAGGCCCCACAAACUCAUCUUUGAUGAUACCAGCCCAAACCAGUACUCCACCUCCACCUUGCUGGCGCCUGAGUCGGACUGGAGCUCUCUGCCCUUUACCAAUCCAGCCACGGGCCCAUCCAUCUGGCCCAUCAAGACUCACUCUCAUUCCAUCAGUCCAUAAAACCUUAGAAAAAUCAGUCUUGAGAUAUUUCUUGGCCCAGUCUUGACGCUUCAGCUUGUGUGUCUUGUUCAGUGGUGGUCGUCUUUCAGCCUUUCUUACCUUGGCCAUGUCUCUGAGUAUUGCACACCUUGUGCUUUUGGGCACUCCAGUGAUGUUGCAGCUCUGAAAUAUGGCCAAACUGGUGGCAAGUGGCAAGUGGCAUCAUGGCAGCUGCACGCUUGACUUUUCUCAGUUCAUGGGCAGUUAUUUUGCGCCUUGGUUUUUCUACACGCUUCUUGCGACCCUGUUGACUAUUUUGAAUGAAACGCUUGAUUGUUCGAUGAUCACGCUUCAGAAGCUUUGCAAUUUUAAGAGUGCUGCAUCCCUCUGCAAGAUAUCUCACUAUUUUUGACUUUUCUGAGCCUGUCAAGUCCUUCUUUGACCCAUUUUGCCAAAGGAAAGGAAGUUGCCUAAUAAUUAUGCACACCUGAUAUAGGGUGUUGAUGUCAUUAGACCACACCCCUUCUCAUUACAGAGAUGCACAUCACCUAAUAUGCUUAAUUGUUAGUAGGCUUUCGAGCUAUACAGCUUGGAGUAAGACAACAUGCAUAAAGAGGAUGAUGUGGUCAAAAUACUCAUUUGCCUAAUAAUUCUGCACUCCCUGUAGACACCAUCUUAGCAGAGGGUCAUAAAUAUCUUGUUGAAGAUAUUUAUUUAUUUAUUAUGACCCUCUGCUAAGAUGGUGUCUAUUUUCUAACAAACCUGUGUCUUAUCUACACUCAUGUCGCUUUAUCCCCUGUAUCACAACUCAACUUUGAAUUCUAUGUGUCGUUUUGCUCAGAAAUGCUUCAGACUUGAGAAAGGGAGGUUCUCCCAAAAGCUGGUCAUUAAAAAAUUCUGUUAGUCCAAUAAAAAAGGUAUUACAAGAUAAGAAUUUUAUCUGUUUUUUACAUCUACAUCACUGGACUAAUACGGCUACAAUCUCUACUUGAACACUAUCUAUCUAUCUCUAUCUAUCUCAUAAAAAGCAAAGUCCACAUAAAAAUCCAAAACAAGGGGGGCGGGGCCUGGUUGCUGAGCUGAGUGGAUGCCUGUAGACACAGCUCCUGCUCUCACGGGCAAAUAAAGCAACAAAAUCACCAAACUACAGCGAGUACUCAAUUCACAAGGGCCACUGAGCUACUGGUGACACCCGGGCGAAUCAACGGGUACUAAACAUGCCACAAUUGAAGCGAGAAUCGUCCGAGUACAGAAUGCGGCCUACAAGCAUGGCCGGCGCGGAGGAGGCGGCUGCUCCUCCAAUGACAUUCUCGACUGGACACUCGAUAUUGGGACCGGCGGGGGUCAUCCCGGUCCCCAUCGAUAAGCAGCAGGUUCUCGCUCACUGCCUGCAAAGACCCAGGCCCAACACAAAGCGGGCUUAGCACGCACGCCGCGACACAAAUGGCACCUACAGAUGCAGGCCACGGCGACGACAUGAUCAAGCACUCCCUCCGACGCAUAGACAAGGCAUUCCAGCGCUUCUGGCAGCAAUUGGAGCAGCGUAUGGCACUGCAAGCACCGAGGCCUAUGCGGGAGGUGAGAGAAGCCAAGAUGAAGGGGUCGAGCGAGCCCCGCUUGGGCAGACACCAGCCUGGAGCACACACCACCCAGGCUCCCUGCCUACCUGGGCCAAAGGCCAAGAGGGGUAAACCUCCACAGCAUCGCCCACGACGCCGGAGAAACGCCCGCCGCUGGCGGCGUCGCAAUAUCGGGGUCCUCCGCAGCGCCCAUAAAAGGAAAGACUUGGCUGCACUGCCUACCAGAGUCUAUGGAAUACAGAUGCAGUCCUUCCAUGAGGCUUGGGGCUGGAGCGGGAGCCGUCGCGGCCCACGAAACACCUACAUGAUCAUCACGCAGGACCACAAAGUGGAUUACCUCAUACAGCACACCAGUGGCAUAGGGUGAGAGAUCGCAACCCAGCUACCAGCUUUGACACAGAACAGGACUUUGGACGCUCCCUCACUACUAUAAUAGACUGUAAGCCUAGAGUCAUGAAUGCCUCUUCAUUUUAACUACCUAGGCCUGGUCAUUUACUUAGUUUUAUUGGCUGCCAUGUCGACAACUCCAUAAGCUUGCCCUAGCAUUGUUGCAGGUUCCUAUGAGGAUCUCUUUUUGUUUUUACCAUGCAAGCCUAAACCAACAGCCAGCCUAACCCGUUAGCUAUGCCUAUCUUAUGCCCAGAGUGCACAGUAUGUCUAUGCCUUACUGCAUAGUAUCUUGCAAAACACUUCUGACAUCCCUGUCACGCUUGUUUUACCAUUUUGAAUAUACGCCGAAUCUAUGGAAAAUGGCUCUGUUGGCAAUAGCCCUACAAAUGUCUCAUAUGUGAUGUAUUGCUAGCUUGUACUAUUUCCUAGGGCAACACAAACCUGCUUAUAGAUCGCAGACACUGUUUAUAAAUACCUAACAUGCUCUAAACAUAAUGCACUAAGCUUGUCUCUUCUCAAUCUUGCUUUAGGAUAGGAGCAGUCUGAGUAAGAUUUCACUGUAGCACGCUACAGCUGAGUUUAGCCCGUGUGAAUAUGUUUAACGUUAUGAAUCUGUGGCAGAAUCCUGUUACUUUAAUCAGAGCGCUUAACCUGUUGUGCCGUAAGCUACCAAUGCCAUGUUGACAUGUACUGAGCGAGAGCCUGAGCCUGAGCUGCUUAACACAUAGCAUGACUAACCUGUUAUAUUGUACACAUGAAACAUACCAUUUGAGCAAUUACUAAAUGACUGUUGCACCCAUUUCUUAAACAAUUGCUUGUAAUACUAUGUUUACUUGACGUAUCACAAACAAAAAAUAUAUGGCAGUCCUUAGUAUGAGUGUACUAUGUACCAUCUUGUUUUCAUCAACUUGUAUUAUCCCAUACUGCCUCCUCUCUUUAUUUUUUUUUUUAUAAACCUGAUGUCAUUAUGAUCAUACCUCCAAAAUUAUGCUCAGCUAACUGUUCUGAGUACAAUACCCCUAAUGUGUGACUUUGCCACUACUAUGUGAUAUGAGACCUGAUUAUUUUAGUUUUCAAAGUUCAAAUUUUUAAUGUCUAAUUUUUGUGCCUUUUUGUUCCCCUGUCACAUUUGUGUAAAAAUAGAAGUUUUAAUUGCUACCCUGUUUUAUGCGUUUUAAAAUACAAUUAUGUCAACGUGACGUUGGGUUUAAAGCACACUUUAGUAGCUUACACAUUUAAAUGACUACAUAAAUGCAUUCCAUUUACAUGGGGACUCUCUCACAUGACCUAUUUUGAGCUUUACUGUGGUACUUUUUAUUUAUUUUUCACCAUUUUCAUUCAGUUUGUUGUAUUAACACUUUAUUUAAAAAAAUAUAUAUAUAUAUAUAUAUAUAUAUAUAUAUAUAUAUAUAUAUAUAUAUUAAAUUUAAAUAAAAAAUGCCCCCCUUCCCGCCCAUUUUACACAAAUUACAUCCCUUCACAAACACAUCAUUCAUUAUAAUAAAAAAAUAUAUACACACACACACUCUGCAUUAUGUACACUCACUACACACACACUCUGCAUUAUAUACACUCACUACACACACACUCUGCAUUACAUACACUCACUACACACACACUCUGCAUUACAUACACUCACUACACACACACUCUGCAUUAUAUACACUCACUACACACACACACUCUGCAUUAUAUACACUCACUACACACUCUAUAUAAUGCAGAGUGUGUGUAUAUAAUGCAGUGUGUGUAGUGAGUGUAUAUAAUGCACACACACUACAUAAACACAUACUGCAUUCACUAUACGCACACUACAUAAACACACACUGCAUUCACUAUACGCACACUACACACACUGCAUUCACUAUACGCACACUACACACACACUGCAUUCACUAUACGCACACUACACACACACACACUGCAUUCACUAUACGCACACUACACAAACACACACUGCAUUCACUAUACACACACACAGCUCCCUGGUCUAAACACAUUGCAUCCACUACAUGUGGCAUGUAUAUUUUGUGCAUUUACCUUUAGAAAUAGCUUAUUUUUUUCAAAAUGGUAAAUGUACAGAUUAUCGGCAAGUUAUUUGCUUUCGGCCUGAAAGUUCACAGAUUAUUGGUAUCUGCUCUAUAAAAACAAUAUCGGUCGAUCCCUAGUUUGUGUUUCUUUGUCAUUACAGUGAAGGGUAGGAAAUUCCUGUUUUAAUUUUUUGGGAAGUAGCAUAUACAUAAGCCUAAAGCAGUCUUUACAACAAGUAUUUGUGGUUUUUAGAAAGUGUAAAAUUAGGUGAAGCAAAUGAGAGGUCAAGAGAAUUGUAUGUUUUCAGUCUUGAUCACUGAAUGAUUUGAGGUCAUAAUCUAUUUAAAUUUUUUUGCAGCAUUCUAAUGUGAAUUUUUUGGAAUGUGGUUAGUUAAUAUUUUUUUAUUUUUUUUAUUUUUUAGUGCCCCUUGAAGACCCAAUCAGGGAAAUAGCAGAGUACAUUGACCCUGUUCAGGAUGAAACAUGGGACAGAUCUCCUUCCAAUAAGCAGGUUACAUUUCUGGUUUAUCGAGAAGGCGAUCAAUUAAAAUUUUUCCGUGUUGUAGACAGAGGAGAUGGCACUUUGACCCCAUUAUCUGAAUCAGUCAGGUAGGUAUUGAAAAUUGUGUGUCAUCCACAUUAAAUAGUCAUCGUUGUAAUGAUAUAUUCUCUUAAGACAAGUCACCCAAAAAGUCCUUGAUUAUUAGCAAGUCAACAAAUAUUUGUAAAAUAUAUCAUGAUUUAGAGUAUAUAAUUAAACCUAAGCAUUUUUUUUUUUUUUUUUUAAAUCUUCAUGCAUUGCUCACAAUGUUUUGUUAAAGGCCAUAAAUUCCUAACUGAAAUAGAAAUACAUUUUGAUAUUGCUGCCACUGUGUCUUCUGUUAAGUAAAGUGAAUAUUUAUGUCUUCUCUGUAGUGGAGGUUCGGUUUAUAAUUUAAACCAUGAAGACGAAGAUGAAGCUGAGGGUUCUCAAUCUGGCCAACAAAUCCUAGAGAAUUCAAUCACUAUGAACAAAAUGAAGUUUUUGAAAUCCAAGAUGGAGAGCAUGAACCUCAAUAAAAAGGUAUUUAUAGCCAGCUAUACAUUUAUAAAAGUUUUCACUUUAAUUAAAAAUUCCUUUAAAAAAAAAAAGGAUUUUACUAUGGGUAAUAUAAUCAUUGGUGGGUUUCAAAGUUUCCUUACAGUGUUAUUCGUUAAAGGUACACUCCAGUGCCAGGAAAACAAUCUGUUUUCCUGGCACUGCAGGUCCCCUCUCCCUCCCACCUCCCAAUCCCCGGUUGCUAAAGGGGUAAAAACCCCUUCAGUCACCUGAGACCCCCGUCGAUGUCCCUGGGCGGUGGUUUCGGGUAGCCGCCGCUCCUCAUUACGUCGGCCGGUGGGCGAGACUGAUCCCGGCCGCGGAGACCUAAUGCGCAUGUGCGGCAAUGUCACGCAUGCGCAUUAGAGCUCUCCAUAAGAAAGCAUUGAAAAUGCUUUUUAAUGUUUUCCUAUGGGGACUUGAGCGAUGCUGGAGGUCCUCACACAGCGUAAGGACGUCCAGUGACGCUCUAGCACAGGUUUUCUAGACAGCCACUAGAAGUGGAGUUAACCCUGCAAGGUAAUUAUUGCAGUUUAUAAAAAAAAUCUGCAGUAAUUACACUUGCAGGGUUAAGGGUAGUGGGAGUUGGCACCCAGACCACUCCAAUGGGCAGAAGUGGUCUGGGUGCCUGGAGUGUCCCUUUAACCCCUUAAGGACACAUGACAUGUGUGACAUGUCAUGAUUCCCUUUUAUUUCAGAAGUUUGGUCCUUAAGAGGUUAAACCUUGAAAUUGUAGGCAAUUGCCAAGUGAACUUUAAAGCUGUUUAAAAUGGCCAUGCAUUAGUUGUCGAGGUCUACCAUUCGCUACUAAAUUUAGCAACUCUUCUUUCCUUACUAUUCUCAGUUUACUUAAUAACCCUGCUUUAGGUUUCUUGUUUUAGACAGCAAUGUGAAGUGUUUUUUGUGUUUUUAGUUUUUGUUUUUUCUCCAGACUGUAAGGCACAUAUCUUUUUAAUAUGUCUGAGAUAAAUACAGGUAUUAAUGUUUGGUGUGGUGUGUUGCAAAUUUCAUGAUUGUUUCUCCUUUCCAACAAGCCUUUCUAGGGUUUGACCAGUUGUAAAGCCUUACCCAAACAUCUGACUGGACACCUACCUCCAUUCUGAAUUAUCUUCGUGUGUUGAAGUUUGAUUUUCCUAAACUACUAAAUGUGCAGUUUGGUUUCCUCCUUGAAUAAUAUGAUUUUAAAAAUGCACUGUUUAAUUGCAUGUUCAUUGUACUAAUUUGUUGUAUUUUCUUUCAACAGCCUAAAAAAACAUCAAAGUUUAAGCCUAGGCCCCCUAUGGCACCACGUCCUUCAAGCACAUUAUUGGCCUCUGCUCGUCACAGGUUUUUAAAAGUUCUCCCUGACAUUGGACAGUCUUGCCUACCUCCUAGAAAUCCACUUUCUUCAGAGUCUUCCCAGAUUGCACUUUCAAGCCUUACUACUGCUGCGAAGACAAACCCAUCCAUUACUGGUGACUAUAUAAAUAGAGAUGACACUUGGACCACCUCACUUUUGGCUCCCUCACCUAGUAUUGUUGGUCUCCCACCUAAAAUUUCCAGAGUAGAACUGGAAAGUUCCAGGCAUUCCAAAAAUACAUAUUUUUCUCCUGUGUCAACUUUGGCCAAGAAAGAGGAGCCUGCAACACAAAAUGAUUCCAUCUUGCAUCAAAAUACAAACUUGUUUGCCACUGAGGAAUCCUCAGUGGCUAUUGGAGAGUCAUUUUUGUUAACAGAGGUAGGACCUACUGAGCAAUAUGAGGAGCUGUACAACUUUGGGAAAGUGAAGCCUGAAUUUGCAAUCUCAGAAGGAUGCAAAGAAACUCCAGCUACAGAAACUUCCCAUAAAACUCUGUCUAAAUCUUUGAAUUCUGAAGCCAUGGAAGCUGGACUCCUUAACGGAGAACGAAGUCCACCAAGGAACAAAUUUCUCUCACCCAUCCAUUUUUCCAGCCAAAUUACUCAUAAGACCUUUCCUAAACCACAAAGGCAACACAAUGUGUUUGAAUUUGGAAGUUUAAGACCAACUGCUUCACAUAUGUGCCGUUCUGUAGACAUUCACAAUAUGAGUGAUGGCUCAUUUUCCAGGUCUAGAUUUCGAGGGGUUAAAGUGGAUUCUCCAGGGAAAAGGUCAGAUGUGAUCUCUAAGAUCGAAGCUAGGGAUAUGACUGAAAUAGCUAAUAAGGCUUCUAAAGAACCUGUGGGUUCAUUAAACAACUUGGAAUUUUUUGCAUCGCUGGCUCGAAGCAGAAGUAGGGACAAUUUGCAGAGUUCCAAUAAUCCAGUCAGACUACGAACGUCUAGUGUUGCUCAAACAUCAAGCUUGCAGAACCCUCUUGAAGAACAUUUUAAGAGGCUAUCACCCUUAAAGGACAAUGCAGAGUUUUUCAUUGUGAGUAUCAGUUGUUUCUGUGCUUCAACAUAGUAAAUUAAAUUUAUUCUAAGUUUUCUGUUUUUAUCAAAACCAUGAACCAGUUUUAAAAAACGUUUGUGUGUUUUUUUUUGGGAGGGGUAGGGGGAGAGGGAUGAGGGUGAUCUGUGGCUAAGAAAAAAAAAUAUAAGUAAAGCACUGACAAUAAACUGACCAAAAAUAUGAAAGUGAUACAAAAUCUAUAAUAUGGUAUCUAGGAAAAAAACUUUUAAGGGGGAAAAAAUCGUUAUGAUUGCCAACUAAUAGACCAUUUACAAUUCUUAAAAUGUCACAAAUAAUUGAUUACACUUAAAACACAAAGUAUACAGUAGUUGUUACAUUUGAAAGCGCAAUACUCCACUAAGGGAUCCCCUUUAACAACACCUUGUAAGUAACAUAAAAAAAAAACCACACCAUGGGGUGGAGCUACAAAAAAAUAUAAUACAUACAUUUCCCUUAAUCAUAAAAUAUAAAGAAAAGGAACAUUAAUGCAGUUAAAUUACUACAACAACAACACAAGUAUAGAGCUGGAAUGUCACUUGGCUCUAGUGGGUAGCACCUUAGAAUCUUAAGGGAGAUCCAAGAUCCUCUCUUCUAAGGUGUCCAUGUUUUUAAAGUGCAACAGAUGCCAAAACGGAGAAGCUUCCAUAGUGUAAUUUUGUUAAGCAGCUAGUAAAAUAUGUAACAGAACAGCUCUGCAGAAUUACCCCAAGACAUAGUAUGGGGAAGUGCCUUCACUGGAUAUGUGUCGCUAGUGGAUAGAGCGCGUCGUCAAUCAAGAAACCCGGGAACACAAAGAUAUAUAAACGUUUUAGGAUGGAUGAAGUUCAUUCUGCAAAUAAUUGGCGAAACGCGUUUUGGGAGGACUUUAUACAGAGUUGAGUUUGUUUGUUUUUUUUGUUUUUUUUUUAAUAUAUAUUAACUUGUUUUAUUUUGUUUAAUAAAAUACUUUUUUAUCAUUAGACCUUUAAUUUGUAGUAAUGAUCUACCCUUUUUGGGGUAAUUCUACUAGAUUACCUUCACGUGAGUGCAAUCUGCACUUCAUAUUGUAUUGACUGCUUAACAAUAUUAUACUAUGGAUGCUUCCCAUUUUUAGUAUUUGUUUACUUGUGCACUUUAGCACAAGGACACCUUCGAAAAGGGUUUUGUAUCUCACUUAAGAUCCUAAGGCGCUACCCACUAGAGCUAAGUGAUAUUCUGGCUCUAUACUUGUCGGUGCUACAUACUAAUCCAAUACCAUUCUUCUAAUCCAAUACUCUUCUAUGUUGUUGUAAUGUAUCUGCACUAUUGUUCCCUUUCUUACUAUUUUAAAGAACAGUAGUGUUUUGAGAUUAAGGGAAACAUGUAUUAAAUUCUGUAUAACUCCUCCCCAUUGUGUGUUUAAUUGAUUACACUUUGUUCAUUAAACCAGCAAAGGCAUCCAUAGCAUUUGCUAGGGUGUGUAUAAGACUGUCACCAGUAGUAUGACGAUAAAGGCAAAAUACACAAAUUUCUAUUACUGGGUGGGAGGGGGUCCAUUCUCCCAAAAAAGUAAACUUUUAGAAGUGUCCCACAAUAGCAGUUCACAUAUUCGCCAUGUCUCCUCUCUCAGCCCUUCUUUUUUUUGACUGAAAACAUCAAAGUAAACUGAUAGCUUAGCUACUAAUUUCUGUAGAGCCUGCUUGGCAGGCAGGGUGUUGUACCUCUGCAACCGAAAAGGUACCUCUUAAAAUUUACUAAAUUCUCAUUGCAUGCUGGAAAAUGAAGAUGUCCUUUCCCUAGACUGAGCGGACAUAGCCCAAACAAAGAAAUUAGUCUUAGACCUUUUUUCCUUCUCCACCAAACUUUAGAGUAGGCACUUGAAGACUCAAUCAAGUGGGAACCUUUUGAUAUCUGUCAAACUUUUUUAUUUUUACUCUGUCAGUCCAAAUGGCAAAGACUGGUGUUGUUUUGGGGGGUCUUUGUUACCUGUAAUGGUUUCAUACAAUAAUAUGCUGCCAUCUUUCACACUUUUCACUAUUCGUACACAGAAUAAUCUGAUAACCUGGUUUCGCGGCAUACCAAAACUAAACCCUGUGUCAUGGCAAUGUGUGUUUUCUUCAAGUGUCUUUACAUUGUUAUUUGUGCUCAAAUAAUCUGACUUUGUUUUUGAGUUGUGAUAUUUUUACUUAUUUAUUUGCAUGUAUUUUAAUUCUCAUCCUGAUAUGUUAGCUUAGUAGAGUUAGUUUUUGGGUUUGUUUUUUGUUUUUCAUUUUUUUUUUUAUUGUAAAUUGUAAAAAAAUAAAAUAAAAAAAUCAGCCUUUUUAAUCGAUCUGAUCCAAAAAGAAAGUGAAAACCCCAGUUUGAAGUAAUAUCCUGUUAAGCUCUGAUGUCUUCUUGGAUCAAUAAAUUGAUCAAACAGUUCAAAUGAUUUGAUAUAGGGUGACUGUACUAAAACACUUUUUUUGCCCCAUGACCACUGUAAGGUGUGUUUUUUUGUUUUGUUUUGUUUUUUUCUUACAGCGCACAAACUGUGGGAGCAGAUAUGUGAGAAAUAGAACUUGGACUUGAGUCCCACCUCCCCACUCCUCCAAUUUCUGGCUGUACUAGGUCAUUAAUACUAGACUUAGUUCAGGUCCAACAUACUCCUCCACAUUUUCAACUAUAGCUUGAAGAUUUACUCCAGGCUACAGUUGUCCCUGUUUUUAAUACAAUUCUAUAAAUAAUGCAUUAAAAUGCAUGCAAAAUAUAGUUAUCUGAUGUCUGGAACUGCUCAAUAUAAUGCCCUCAAUUGCUGUCCAUUUAUUCACAGCUUGUUAAGUUUCAUUUGGAUUUGAGCACAUCACUCCCCCAAGCAGUCAACCCCGCAUGAGCACAGCUGUGGCUGGGAGGGGCUAGGAGCCACCCACAAAGCACUAAACUUAGAUGGAUUUUUAACAUAAUAAGAGAUUGUCAAAUCAGAAGGGGCAGUCUUGUAGCUGCAGUAAUUUAAUGAGAUUUCUUCCCUCCAAAUUAUGAAAUUAGAUAUUUUAAAUACAUUGAUACUCAUUGAAGAAAACCAUAAACCUGAGGUAUUAUGCAGAUACAAUAUAUAACCGCCUCCUCUUCUCCCCCCCCUUCCUUUUUGUAUCUUGGUUUUUAGUCUCCUCAUGGACCUGGUGAGAGUUUGCACAAUACAGCUUCUGGAAAACACCUAGGUAAGGGAAUUUAUUUCUAUAUUAUUUGCCCAUGUAAUGUGUUAUUAAAGUUGAACUGGCAGCAAAAGACACAUUCAUUGUAUUGCUAAACAAAGCAUACCUUGUUAUAACAGUAUGUAACUGGCCAUUUUAAAAUAUCAACAGUGACUUGCAUGUUUUUUUUUUGUAAAGUCAGUUUCUCUCUUAACAUGCCCAAACAGUUUUACCCCUGCAAGUGAAAGCUUUUGUAGUUCUGCAGAAUGGCAAUGUUUUUAUUGUGGGAGCUAAAUGUCUCUAGUGCAGCGCUUCCCCAAUUGGUGUUCCACAGAACACAAAUGGGGUUACGCCAAAAUUUCGGAAAACUAAAGGGCCGCAGCGAUAAUUGAGGCGGUCGGUGAGGGAGCUGAGCAGGGGAGAGUGCUCCCUCGCCACCCGCCUCAAUAAUCGCGGCACGCACAGCAGUGAUGCCGGAGCCGUAAUUUGGACGUCACUCCGGCAUCACAAAGAGGCGCGCGAGGGAGUGAAGCAGGAAGAUCAUUGACCCCUCGUCGCCCGCACGCCAGCCGCUCAGCCCAGCAGCCCCACUGAACCCCAGGGACUGCACACCAACCGUUCAGCCCCACUGGACCCCAGGGAAAUAGACUCUCUAUGCCAGCACUCCCAAAGGUGUGUAUCAGUGUGUCAAGGUUUGUGUGUGUGUGUCACUGUGUGUGUUUGUAUGUGCAUAUGUCAGUGUGUAUCUGAGUGUGUGUAUAUUUCACUGUGAAUCGGAGUGUGUGUAUUUGUGAGUUAAGAUGUGUCAGAUACAUUCUCACACACACAGAUCUACAAACACAGAUACACACACCUUGACACAGAUAUAUGCAGAUACACUGUGUGUGUAUCUGUCUGCUACUAUGUGCCUGUGUGUGUGUGUGUGUGUGCGUGCAUCUGUGUGUCAGAUUCAUACACACAGGCACAUACAAACACAGAUACACUUACUUUGACACGCGGAUACACACUGUGUAUCUGUGGGCCACUAUACAUACAUACACACACACACACACACAGGUACAAAAAACAGUGCAAAUUUGUUUAAAAAAAAAAAAAAUGUCACACAGACAGCCGCCAGUAGAGCCGAUUCCAAUGAAAUGGCAGAGUAAAAACCAGCCCACAAAAUGGCAGUGAUUUUUACUUGGCCAUCUCAUUCCUCCCCACCCCCCCCGGUUAGUGGUUGACUUUGCUUAGAAGCGAUUUGAUGUAUACCAGGUAUCCUCAGUAGGGUCUAUAGAUAGGACAAGGGGCACAUGGACAUUGCCCACACCUUGCCUUCACCCCUAUGGUCCAGCCACGACGAUACAACCGGUGGGUCAAAUUGGUCCUUUUACACUUUACAAUAUGCUUUAUAGUCUAUGCUGAUCUCAUUCCCUGCAGAGUCGUGCAAAACUACCGCUAUCUAUGCUAUUAGUGGAUUAACCCCUAUUGUUUCCCUAGACCUUGAUUCAUACACCAUCACAGGGCUUAUCACUAUCACUUACGAUGACUAACGCGACUACAAAAAAAAAAGAAAUUGGUGCAAUAUUACCUGACAAUGUAUUAUUUUGUUACGACUUAAUUUGCUUACUUGCGUUUCUCAAACCAGUCCUCAAGAUCCACCAACAGUCCAGGUUUUGUUAGUAUCUCCAUUGGAAUAGAACAGGGAAAUACAUAAAUCUUGGACUGUUGGUGGGCCAUGAGGACUCUGCCUUUGUCUGGUUAAGAAUCACUUUGCCUGAAGAGACCAAUUAGUAUUUUGCAAUUACAUAGUUAUUGUGCUAAUGGAUGUUUGGUGUUUUUUUUUUUUUAAUUAUUGAUUUACCUGGGGGACCAAGGCACCCCAUUUAUAAAUUGUCUUGGUGGUGGCAGCGUUAAAAUAGUAAUAGUUCUAUUAUUAUGUUUAAGUGUGGGUUGUGUUAAGGGGGAUUUUUGUCAUUAUUUCCAUUCUAGUGCAGACAAAUGGUGAACUAUAACCCUUUCACCACCACAACUACGUCACGCAAACUCUUAUAUUAGGGUGCGUUCAUAACAUCCACCACUUGAUUAUUUUUUUAUUAUUAUUAUUUAUUUAUAUUUUUUAUUAACAUACUCUCUUAUUGUUAAUCCUUUUUGGCCUGGUAAACAAACCCGAUCAUCAAAACUGGACCUCUUUGGUUUGAGGAAACAAAAAUAGACUCCACUAUUUAACUCUAUCUGCGGACAUGUUGGAAAAAAUCAUGGUUUUUUGUAAGUGCAUAUGGCCUUUCUAACUCUCUCUUUAUAUUACCGUUUACAGUUGAAGCCACACAUCUCUUCCCUCCUGUCAAAUCUACACUUCGUAACAAGAAGAAGCCCACAAAGCACUGUUUCUUUUGUAGAAAGAAAACCGGAUUGGCAACAAGUUUUGAUUGCAGGUAAUUAACCAUAUAACAGCUUUUCUUUUUGUACUUAGUCAACAGCUCUAGCCAUUGGCAAAUUAAAAUUUAGCCCUGGCAGAUUGUGCCAUACGCCCUACAGACUUGCAGUGGUUAGUAGCAUUGGACUUAAAAAUGUAAGCCCUGGUUUAGUCUAUUCUGCAGGGUACUUAUGUAUUUAUUUGUUUUUGGUCUAUGCUUCAAUGGUAUGACUGGGUUCGUGUGUCAAGAGAAAGUUAUUUCAGUUGUGAUGAUCAGCAGCACUAUAAUGUAAGAGACUGAGUAGAGACCAGGUAGAAACUAUAUAGCUGAACUACAAAAUCUUACUUGUUACUGUUCUUGGCAGUGCUAAACAACAAUAAACAAAUUAAUGAUCAACCAGGAAUGGUUUGUCUUGACAUGGAUGAAGUCUUUCUUUUAUAAGACAAGACUCAAACUGAAUUAAGUCUUAUACACUGACCAGCCACAACCUUAAAACCACUGGCAGGUGAAGUAAAUAUCAUUGAUUAGAUCAAAACAAUGGCACCUGUCAAGGGGUGGGACAUAUUAGGCAGCAGGUGAACCGUCUGUUCUUGAAUUUCAUGCGUUGGAAGCAGGAAAAAGGGGCAAGCAUACAAUCUGAGUGAAUUUGACAAGGGCCCAAUUGUGAUGGCUAGAACCCCUCAGAUCAUCUCCAAAAUGGCAAACUGGUGCAAGGAAGGACAGCCAGUAAACCGGCAUCAGGGUCAUUGGCACUCAAGGCUCAUUGAUGCACAUGCAGAGCAAAGGAUACCCCGUCUGGUCCGCUCACACAGAACAGCUACUGUAGCUCAAUCUCCUGAAAAAUACAGGGAGUGCAGAAUUAUUAGGCAAAUGAGUAUUUUGACCACAUCAUCCUCUUUAUGCAUGUUGUCUUACUCCAAGCUGUAUAGGCUCGAAAGCCUACUACCAAUUAAGCAUAUUAGGUGAUGUGCAUCUCUGUAAUGAGAAGGGGUGUGGUCUAAUGACAUCAACACCCUAUAUCAGGUGUGCAUAAUUAUUAGGCAAUUUCCUUUCCUUUGGCAAAAUGGGUCAAAAGAAGGACUUGACAGGCUCAGAAAAGUCAAAAAUAGUGAGAUAUCUUGCAGAGGGAUGCAGCACUCUUAAAAUUGCAAAGCUUCUGAAGCGUGAUCAUCGAACAAUCAAGCGUUUCAUUCAAAAUAGUCAACAGGGUCGCAAGAAGCGUGUGGAAAAACCAAGGCGCAAAAUAACUGCCCAUGAACUGAGAAAAGUCAAGCGUGCAGCUGCCACGAUGCCACUUGCCACCAGUUUGGCCAUAUUUCAGAGCUGCAACAUCACUGGAGUGCCCAAAAGCACAAGGUGUGCAAUACUCAGAGACAUGGCCAAGGUAAGAAAGGCUGAAAGACGACCACCACUGAACAAGACACACAAGCUGAAACGUCAAGACUGGGCCAAGAAAUAUCUCAAGACUGAUUUUUCUAAGGUUUUAUGGACUGAUGAAAUGAGAGUGAGUCUUGAUGGGACAGAUGGAUGGGCCCGUGGCUGGAUUUGUAAAGGGCAGAGAGCUCCAGUCCGACUCAGACGCCAGCAAGGUGGAGGUGGAGUACUGGUUUGGGCUGGUAUCAUCAAAGAUGAGCUUGUGGGGCCUUUUCGGGUUGAGGAUGGAGUCAAGCUCAACUCCCAGUCCUACUGCCAGUUCCUGGAAGACACCUUCUUCAAGCAGUGGUACAGGAAGAAGUCUGCAUCCUUCAAGAAAAACAUGAUUUUCAUGCAGGACAAUGCUCCAUCACACGCGUCCAAGUACUCCACAGCGUGGCUGGCAAGAAAGGGUAUAAAAGAAGAAAAUCUAAUGACAUGGCCUCCUUGUUCACCUGAUCUGAACCCCAUUGAGAACCUGUGGUCCAUCAUCAAAUGUGAGAUUUACAAGGAGGGAAAACAGUACACCUCUCUGAACAGUGUCUGGGAGGCUGUGGUUGCUGCUGCACGCAAUGUUGAUGGUGAACAGAUCAAAACACUGACAGAAUCCAUGGAUGGCAGGCUUUUGAGUGUCCUUGCAAAGAAAGGUGGCUAUAUUGGUCACUGAUUUGUUUUUGUUUUGUUUUUGAAUGUCAGAAAUGUAUAUUUGUGAAUGUUGAGAUGUUAUAUUGGUUUCACUGGUAAUAAUAAAUAAUUGAAAUGGGUAUAUAUUUGUUUUUUGUUAAGUUGCCUAAUAAUUAUGCACAGUAAUAGUCACCUGCACACACAGAUAUCCCCCUAACAUAGCUAUAACUAAAAACAAACUAAAAACUACUUCCAAAAAUAUUCAGCUUUGAUAUUAAUGAGUUUUUUGGGUUCAUUGAGAACAUGGUUGUUGUUCAAUAAUAAAAUUAAUCCUCAAAAAUACAACUUGCCUAAUAAAUCUGCACUCCCUGUAUAAUGCUGUCCGUGAUAGAAAUGUGUCAGAACACACAGUGCAUUGCAUUAUUGGGUGUAUGGGGCUUCAUAGCUGCAGACUGGUCAUAGUGCCUAUAAAGACCCCUGUCCACUGCAAAAAGCGUCUUUAAUGGGGACCUGAGAGGGAGAACUGCACUAUAGAGCAAUGGAAGAAGGGUGACUGGACUGACUUGCGUUGUCGUUUUGAUCAGAUUGAUGGCAAGAUGUUUGUGCGUUGUUUACCUGGCGAAGAUAGCAGCAGGAUGCACUAUGGGAAGAAGGCAGUGUUAUGUUCUGGACAUUAUUCUGCUGGGAAACCUGGGGUCCUGGCAUUCACGCGGAUGUUACUUUGACACGUACCUCCUAUCUAGAGAUUAUUGGAGAUUAAGUUCACCCCGUCAUGGCAAUGGUGUUCCCUAAUGACAGUGGUCUCUUUCAGUGUAAUAAUGCACUCUGCCACACUGCAAAAAGUGAUCAGGAAUGGUUUAAGGGACAUGACAAAGAGUUGAAGGCAUGACCUUGGCCUCCAAAUCCCCAAUACAAUUAAGUAGUUGUGGAAGGUGCUGGAAACAAGUCCUAUCCAUGGAAGCAUUUAAAGGAUCUCCUGGUAAUGUCUUAAACCAGAUUCCACAGGACUUGUUCAGAGGUCUUGUGGAGUUCAUGCUUCGAAACAUCAAAGCUGUUUUUGGCAGGACAAGGGAGUCCUACAUGAUGUUGGGCAGGUGGUUUUGAUGAGGCUGCACAGUGUAGUCUUAAAGUGUAUUACAUGCAAGCAGACUUAAUUGCAAUACCCUACCAGAUAAAUGUGACAUCAGUGGCAACAUUUCAAUUGGUACUAGACUUCUUGGUGGCUGUACUUGUAAUUCAGUUGGUGCUAAAGCACAUUACUGCAGUUAUUGAUGCAAAGAGUCUUUGGGUAAUGUUCGGGGGUUUUUGUUUUUUUUGUGUAAAUUUUUCUUAAUCUCUUCCAGAUGUGGGAAUAACUUCUGUGCAACGCACCGCUAUGCAGAAACUCACAACUGUUCAUAUGACUACAAGACUGCGGGAAGACAAUAUUUGCAAGAGGCAUGUCCUGUUGUCACUGCACCAAAACUUCCCAAAAUCUAA